AGUAAAAUCAAUGCCAUCGAGAAUAAAUGAGAAUUUCCCCUCGCGCCACAAAUCAGCAGACAGGCCCGGCAAGCCUGGCAGCGCUCGAAGCGGCCACCAACGCAAACUUAUUUCAAAACAAGAAAAAUGGCCUGCGCUCUCGCCGGCGAUGAUUUCGACUCCUGGUUGACCGUCAAAUUACAAGCACUGAACACGGACGAAGCCGUCUUUUCGUCAUACAUUAAAGGAAUUCUCGAGGGCGAUGACCCCGAGGACGAGAAGAACGAGUCUCUCAAAGAAUUCCUCUCGGGAAUAACCGAGAACCAGAUUUCCAGCCUCCGUGACGAGAUCGUGGAGAAAUGGCAGCACUUCUCCAAUCUGAAGGAGGAAGAGGCGGCCGCGACGCAGGCCAAACAGGAGGACGUGGACGAGAGACUCGUCCGGCUCAUGGAGAGCAAGGCCAAGCCGACCAUCGCCGUCCGAAACUACACUGAGGAGGAACGCAAGCUGAAGGAAGCGAUCCUACUUAAAUAUGAAAACGUUGCUGAUGCAGAUGAUGACGGUGAGGACCAGGAAGAUGCGGCGGCACUCAGUGGACCAGCCGCCGUGGCCGAAAAAACGGCCAACAAAAGUUCGAAGGCGAAUAUUGAGAAGAACACUAACUUCGAGGACGUAGUCAGAGCGGACAAGGAGAAACGUGAGCGUGCCAAGCAGGAGGCAAUGCAGAAAAAGGAAAAAGACAAGGAGGACCGCGAAAAGCAGAAACAAGCGCAACAAGAGAAGAAGGAAAAGCGAAAAACUCAAAAAGGCGAGCGGCGGCGGUAACUGUGGCGAGAAGCAUCAUGUGUUUUUCGCAGGGCAAGAGCAGCGCCACAACCCAGUGAGUGUCAUGUUCACAGACCUAGCAUGAUGAAAAAUGUGAUGAAGGUUCACGGUUCGAGCGGAAUUUUCCAAGUUUGGUCUCUGUUAAUGCGCAAUCUUUUACUAUCAAAACUAUUUAGCGAAGAGUGUGUUAGAACCACAGCGCAUUUCUCCCAUCAUUGGCUCCAAAUACUUAAAAUUAAGAUGCCCUUUUUCGAGUGGAGAGUUGUUGGAUUGUUCACGAGCUGUUUGUAUCUCUCUCUGUCGUAAGCAACAAAUUUUAAUGAGAUUACUCAUAUUCACCUACGAUUAAGAUGUAAGUGUAAUGUUGAAAAUCACAAUAAAAUUUAUGUGUACAUUAACUUUAAGCAAAA